AUGGGGGGGUGUGGAGCGGCGCCCCGGAGGAGGGGCUCAGCGCGAGCCCCGCAGCGCGUCGGAGCGCUUGAGGGGGGCGGGUGGGGGCCGCGGUGCCCAGCGCGGGGGUCGGCGAGGCGGGGGGAGGGGCAACCCGGCCUCCACCUCCGCGGCGGCGCCCGGGAAAGGGCUGGCCCAGGCGGAAGGCAGCCGGCCGGGGCGGGCAGUGCAGUCGGGGUCCCGCGGCCGCCCGCGCCCCGGGGAGGGAGUCGGCGGGGGCGUGGGCCCGCGGGCGUGCGCUCCGCCCCGCGCGGGGAGCGGGCCGCGCCUCCCCCUGCCGCAUGUGCGCGGUGUUGUGUGCCCGGCCCUGCUCCUCCUCCUCCCCUCCCCUCGCCGCCGCCCCUCCCCCAGCGGCCCCGAGUGAGCGCGAGCGCCACACAGCCCCGGGCCGCCGCCGUCAAGCGCGCCGAGACGCCGAACAGGUGGCCGGAGGCUGCGGGCGCUGCAGCGGGGGAGAGGCGAGGAGAGCUCCGGGCCAGGCGAGGGCGGCCGGGCCGGGCCGGGCAUGCUAGCCGAGCGGCCCCCCGGCGCCGCCGCUUGCCCGCGCCCCUAGCCUCCCGCGCGCGGGUGCAGCGGCCCCACCGCUCCUAGCGUCCAGCCGCCCCUGCCCGG